AUGGUGAGGUUCAAGAACAGAUAUCUUCUUUGUGAGAUUAUUUUUGAAAAUGGAAAGAUAUCGGAAUCCCUCAACCUAUACCAGAUCCUUAAUGCAAUCAAGGAAAGUCUCUCUACCAACUUUGGUGUAUUUGGUCUGGGCGUUCUAGCCAUUUCGCUGCAAGUGAAAUACUUUAAUCCAUUCACUGGGCUAGCUAUUGUGAGAGUCAAUAGAGACUACAUGCGCUUGGUUUGGGCAUGUGUGUCGCUUAUCACUGCUAUCAAUAAACGGAUAUGUAUGGUGAAAGUUGUCCAUGUUGGUGGAACGAUCAAACUGGUUCAGUCGCAGGCCAUCAAAUAUAACCAGACAAUUAUUUCUAAAUUGAGAUCGGAUUUAGUUUUGAGUGGUAAUUGA